AGUAUCAAAACUGCUUUUGAAACUUGGAGGUGAUGACCUGAAAACACAAAUAGCUCUAAAUACAAAAAGCUUGAAGGAAGAUGGAAUAGCUGUGACAACAUCAGGGAUCAAAAGUCGUCUUUCAUGUAAUUAUAUCCUACAUCUUGAUGCUGAAAAUACCAAAGAAUCUUGGGAGCAUAAAAUUUCAAAAACAAUUGAAAGAGCAGAUGAAAUACCUGGAUGCAAGUCAAUUGCUUUUCCUACUUUGGGACAAGCUUUUGGAGUAAAGGCUGAAAAUCUUGCCAAAUACUUUUUUGAGGCCUUGAAAGAAGGACAAGAAAAAAUCAAAAAUUUGAAAGAAGUUCAUAUUGUGAUAUUUGAGUCCAAACUUAUAAGGGCAUUUUUGGAGUCCUUUAAAACUUGCUGUGAGAACUACAAACCUAAAGAUGGUGGAUUCUUCAAGAAAAUGACAAAGAUGUUUGGUUUUGGUAAGCAAGAAAGCAAUAUGUGGGAAGGAGCUCGCAAAACUCAAAGAAUGCCUCUAGAUAAGAGUUCUGUAACUUUGGUGAUUUAUGCAGAUUCCCAAGAAAGAAUAGAUCAAGCAAUAGAUAUGGUUGAAAGAGGCAUUGACUCCUGUAUUACAAAGAAAUUUUUUAGUGACUCAGUGGUGAAAGAAUUCACACCCCAGCAGGAAUCAGAAAUCCAGCAGCUAAAGGAGAAACUUGAUGUUGAUGUGACAGUUGAGAAACGAGUUGGAAGGAUUAUUUUGCAAGGUCUCACUUCUGAUAUCAUGGAAGCUUCUGAAAAAGUUCACAGAUUACUUCGCCAGGCAGAUGCUGUGAGACAAGAGAAACAAGCUGCUGAAAUGAUGGCAAGCAUGGUUGAAUGGUGUUUCAUUGAAAUUACAAAUACAGGCCAAAAACUAGAACCAUACCCUGCUGACAUUAAUAUGCAGUUAGAGAAGGCCCUCAGAAAGCAGGAAGCUAAGGCAUCCUUUAAAGAUGCACAAGGAAAUAAAUACAUUGUUGAUUUGGCAGCUUAUGAGGAAUAUCCAGAAAGCGAUCCAACAGAUAUUGUAAAAGUCAUCAGAAAGAACAAAAUUAGUGGGUCUAAUUUUGAGCAACCAGUGACAUGGACAACUAUGGGGGACAAAGAGAAUGUGGCAGUAGUAACCCUGCAGCCUAGUAGUAAAGAAUACAAGGAUGUGGUAAAGGACUUCCAGUCUCAAGCUGGUGCUGUAAACAUAAUAAAGGUGGAAAGGAUACAAAACAGGAUGUUGAUGCAGCAGUAUGAUGCAAAAUUGAAACUAAUGGAGAAACAAAAUCCAUCUGGAAACAAUAAUGAGAUGGUUUUAUGGCAUGGGACGGCCAAUGAUUCAGUAGCCAGUAUCAAUACUUAUGGUUUUAACAGGAGCUACUGUGGAAAGAAUGCAACUGCAUAUGGAAAUGGUGUAUAUUUUGCUGUGAAUGCAAGUUAUUCUGCAAAUUCAACAUAUAGUCCACCUGACAUUAGUGGAAACAGACGAGUAUAUAGGUCUCGAGUAUUAACAGGAGAAUACUGCCAAGGGAGGAACGGAAUGAAAGUCCCCCCGAAUAAGCCCAGUGGUGGCCACAUUCUGUAUGACUCUGUUGUAGAUAAUCCCAACAAUCCAGGCAUUUUUGUUAUCUUUAAUGAUACACAAGCUUAUCCAGAAUAUCUUAUUACAUUUCAGUAAUUCUACAUUUUGACUUUUCUGUGCAUUAUAAUUAUACCAAUCCAUCAUUAUCAGAGAAAUGAGUUAAAAGUGGACUUUGCAACUCAAGUGCAAUGUUGCCUUGAGUUUGUGAGUGUGUGUGCCAUGAUGAAUUUUUCUAUGAAAUCGUAUUCUUUAUUCGUCCUAGUUGAUAACAUUACAAAUUAAGAAUGAUUUUUUACAUGAUUAAUAUCAUUUACAUGAUAAAACAUUUGAACAUUAUGAAUGAAAGAUUGAAGAAUGAUAAGUCCUGACUAAGAUAACCUUUACAUGACGAAUG